UCCAUUUGCAGUAUCCAAAAAAAUGGAAACAAUUCAAAGGUCCACCGACUCGUGAAUGAUUAAAAUUUGGAAUAUCCAAUAGUGAAUAUUAAGCAACAAAAAGGAACAAACUAUUGAUACUUUAAAAAGGAUGAAUUUCAAAACAAUCAUGCUAUGGGAAAUAAGCCAGCACUUACACUACUAAUUAUGUGAAAAGAAUGCAGCUAAUCUAUAGUGAUAGAAGGCGGUUCAGAGCAGCAUGCUUUUGCAUUUAGCCAGGGUAAGGAGCACGGCUGGGAAGAGGCGCACCACGUCCACUGUUUCUGCUCACUUUGUGAUCGCUGCAUCCGUCGUGCUGCCACUUUCCCUAACCUUGGUUUUCCACAAACCUGCCAGUUCCCCGCUGCGCGCGGCAGAAAGCAUAGGCUCUGCUGUACGGACACCGCACUUCCUCUAAGAUGGCUACGCCCACGGUGCUCCGAACCGGCGGCGCAAACCCCAGACGGUUACAAAGUGCCGCCAGCUGUUUCUGCCAAGCACGCUGAAGUUUUCGUUCGGCCUCUAAAUCUUUUUGCAAUUAUAGCAGUGAGCGAGGUGUCCAGAAGUAAUUUUAAUUUCCCACGGAGCCGAGACGUCACAGCCGUAACGGCUGCUCAGACUGUAUGCCUGCGCCCUUCUGGUCUCUUUGGGCUCCGACCUUAGAAAAAUUUGCGCCCUUCACCGUCCCCUACAAGUCGCGGGCGCUAUCCAUUCAAACGAAUUUACCCCCACGCCAUGUUUGCUUUGUAUGAGCUUGAGCCUCUUAAAAAUCUCCCCAUUUUACUUUAAGAGCCGAGGUGCCAGGAAAUAGGAGCGUUUCAGCCCUGGUCCUUCAGCGGCCGCCACGCUUCUGUACGUCAGGUGUGCAAAGAUGGCAGCCCCCAGGCGCCGAGGCGGUGGUGGCGGCGCGGAUAUAUUGCCUCAUAAAGGAAAGCCGGAAACCUGCAAUCCGUUCACCAUAGAAACGCGGUAGAAACGCCGCUGACCCUGGUCGGUUGGUCUCGGGAGAGGGGGCUGGACGAGGGGGCCAGAAGUAAAAGUUUGGGGAAUAAAGUUAGGCCCUGAAGAGGUCGCUGCAGGUUCGGGAGAGAACCAGAGAUGUGUGGCAGCAGAAGGCUUGGAGGCUCAGAAGUCCUGGUAGCUGCGUCUGUUGAGCUCAGACUUUGGCUGCUGGGACAGACUUGAUGAACGUUAGUUAACGUUCCCUAAAAGCUUCAGGUGCAAAUGCCUGCCCCAUCUCUAAUUUUCUAAACCCUUUUGUCUCCCUACAUCACCCCAUCCGUUUGAACCCGAAGAAAUGAAAGUUUGGGGGAAGAACGAUUCAGCAUAUUUAAGUUUAAUAAACUUUUAAUUUAAAUUUUGUUUUUAUCCUUCCUCCUGCAAGUCGACUGCAUAUUUCAUUUCAGGUUCUGUAUGUGAAUAUAUAAAGGCUGCUAUUUUCCCAGUAGCUGUAUUUUUGAAUUUUUUUAAAUUUGUAUUUAUUGCUCAUAUUUCUUUUCUCUCUCUUCUUUUUCUGAUGCGUUCAUUGCCCCUCGCUUUGAAGUGUGUAUGUAAACAGGGGAUACGAAUUCUUUUAAAGAGGCAUGAGGGCAGCAAAGGAAGAAUUUAGUUUCUCACUGCCCAGGUGGCCUUAUUUCUAUAAUUGUUCUGAAAAUUACCUGCCACUGAAAUAUAGUGCUGUGCUGAUUCUCCUUUGCCACUUUCCCUUUCAAAUUCAUGCUACUCCCAUAUAUUCAGGGAGUUAGGUCUCAUUGGCCCGAGGUGUGAUAUUCUCUGGAGAACCAAAUGAAGAGACAGAAGUACUGGGAACCACGUGCUAAGGUGAGUACACAGGAGGGAGGAAUAUAAUCCUAAAAGUAAUUUUGCUUUUCAACCCACAGGUCCUAACCAGAGACAAGAUAUGAAUAAAGAAAGAGGAGGUUCCAGGACCUAGAUAUUGUUAUUUCUGGGAACACUUUGGUGACUGUGAUAUCUAACUAGAAAUUUUGGCAUAUCCAGAAGAGACAAAGACAUAGUCUCUGCGUUGCCAGCUACUUUCAGAAAACAGAAGAAAAUGAUCCAGGCCCAGGAAACCCUGUCAUUCAAGGAUGUGGCUGUGGACUUCACUUGGGAGGAGUGGCAGCUCCUGGCCCCUGCUCAGAAGGCCCUGUACGGGGAUGUGAUGCUGGAGAACUAUAGCAACCUGCUGUUUGUUGGGUAUCCGGUCAGCAAACCAGAUGCACUAUCCAAGUUGGAACGAGGGGAGGAACCGUGGAUGAUAGAAGAUGAAAUCCACAGUCAAAUCUGUCCAGAAACUGGCAAAGUUGGUAAUCAUCUGCAGGGUGACUGGGAAAAUCAAAGAAUGCUGAAAGGUAUAGAACAAUACCAGGAACAUAAUGCAUUUGGAAAUCCUGUUCCUCAAAGCAAAAGUCAUUUCUCUUUCAGGCAAAAUCAUGAUAUGUUUGAGUUCUAUACAAAAACUUUGAAAUCAAAUUUAAGUUUAGUCAACUGGGGUCAAAGCUAUGAAAUUAAGAACUCUAUUAAAUGUAACAGAGAUGGGAAAUCAUUUCUGCAUGGAAAGCAUGAAGAAUUUCAUUCUCCAGUUAAAUGCCCUGUAAGUGCAAGACCCAUCUGCAAUAAGUCCCAAGUCAUUAAGCACCAGAGAACUCACAACACAGAGAAAGCCCACAUAUGCAGUGAAUGUGGGAAAGCCUUCAUUAAGAAGUCUCAGCUCACUGAUCAUCAGAGAGUUCAUACAGGAGAAAAACCUUAUGGAUGCAGUAUGUGUGCAAAAGUAUUCUCCCGAAAGUCCAGGCUCAAUGAACAUCAGAGAAUUCACAAGAGAGAGAAAUCCUUUAUAUGCAAUGAUUGUGGAAAAGUUUUCACCAUGAAGAGCCGUCUGAUUGAACACGAGCGCACUCACACUGGAGAGAAACCUUACGUGUGCAGCGACUGUGGAAAAGGCUUCCCAGGGAAGCGUAAUCUCAUUGUACAUCAGCGAAAUCAUACUGGAGAGAAAUGUUACAUAUGUAGUGAAUGCGGAAAAGGCUUCACUGGGAAGAGCAUGCUCACUAUACACCAGCGAACUCAUACAGGAGAGAAACCCUACAUCUGCAAUGAAUGUGGGAAAGGCUUUACCACAAAGCACUAUGUAGUCAUACACCAACGAAAUCACACAGGAGAGAAACCCUACAUAUGCAAUGAAUGUGGGAAAGGUUUCACCAUGAAGAGUCGUCUGACUGAACAUCAGCGAACUCAUACAGGAGAGAAGCCGUAUGUGUGCAGUGAAUGUGGAAAAGGCUUUCCCAGGAAGAGUAAUCUGAUUGUACAUCAGAGAAAUCAUACAGUAGAUAAAUCCUAUGUAUGUAGUGAAUGUGGAAAAGGCUUCACUGUGAAGAGCAUGCUUAUAGUACAUCAGCGAACUCACACUGGAGAGAAACCCUACAUCUGCAGUGAAUGUGGGAAAGGCUUUCCACUGAAGAGUCGGUUGGUUGUGCAUCAGCGAACGCAUACUGGAGAGAAACCUUACAGAUGCAGCGAAUGUGGGAAAGGCUUCAUUGUGAAUAGUGGACUGAUGUUACAUCAGCGAACUCACACUGGAGAGAAACCAUAUAUAUGCAGUAAAUGUGGAAAAGGGUUUGCCUUUAAGAGCAAUCUUGUGGUACAUCAGCGAACUCAUACUGGAGAAAAACCAUUUACAUGCAAUGAGUGUGGAAAAGGCUUCACCAUGAAACGCUAUCUCAUUGUACACCAGCAAGUUCAUACGGGAGAGAAGUCCUAUAUAUGCAGCGAAUGUGGAAAAGGUUUUGUCAUGGAAACAGAGCUCAUUUUACAUCAGCAGAUUCAUACUGGAGAGAAACCUUAUGCCUGCAAUGAAUGUGGCAAAGGCUUCACUGUGAAAAGCCGUCUAGUUGUUCAUCAGCGAACUCACACAGGAGAGAAACCUUUUGUAUGCAGUGAAUGUGGAAAAGGCUUCUCCUCAAAGAGGAAUCUCAUUGUACAUCAGAGAACUCAUAAUGGAAACAAACCUUAACAAAGCAAUGAAUAUGGUCACACCUACAGGAAGAAGAUAUGCCUUGUCCAACAUCAGAGGUUUCACAUAGGAUAAACUACCUUUGUAUGUACUGUAGAAGAUCCUAUUCAUAAUUGGUAUUGGUCUCAUUACCCACCAGAAAAUUUACACAGGAGGCAAACUGUAUGUAUGCAAUUAAUGUGAGAAAGCCUUCAACAUAAAUUCAGCACCCAUUGUAAAUCAAAGAACUCAUAUAAGAGAGAGGCUGUAUGGAUUCAGCGAUUGGGGGUAAUCUUUCAUUUGUCAAGCCUUGUUAACACACAUGAGAAAUGUAUAGGUCAAGGUACAUAAUCCUUCGCAGAGACUCUGAACUCAUAUACAAGUGAACUCAUUCAGGGUACAAACCAUAAUAGUUCAGUGAACUCAUUAAACAUCUGUGCUCUUAGCAUACUUGACUAUAGUCAGUAUAGAUUAGCUUGUUGCUAGAUUUCACCCUUGGGAAACUGGAAUUUGCAUAGGAGUGAAAUUUAAUGAAUGCAGAGAAUGUGCUAGUGCCUUCUGGUGAUCAGUUACCUCGUGUUGUAUGUCAAAAUUAACAUGUAGGAAAAAGCUCUGAUACAUUCGAUGCAGAAAAGGCUUGAGGAAACAUCUCUAGGUAAUUACAUGUCUGAAAAGUAUAUACUAAGAUAAACAUUAUGAAUGGAGAGACUAGGAAAGCCUUCUAUGGAGGAAUAAAAACCCUAUCUCAUCAGUGAUCAUAAUAGAUCACCAUUGAGCUCAUACAUGGUAGCAAUAUGGUGACUGUGGGAAAGCUUUUGCCCAGAAAUAAAACCUCAAUAGUUGCCUGAUAUGCAGGCUGGAGGAAAAUUUUCAGAUGACAAUGAAUAUGGCAGGAUUUCAGUGAUACAUUCUGGCUUAUCAUUUCUCAUCAAUUCACAAAGAAAUAGAAUGGUUUAUGAACCCACUAAAUGUGGAGUAACUUCAGCAAAAUAUCGGAGAAUUCUGAAGGCAAGAAGCCUCAUGAAAAUGACAUAUAUUUGAAUUUUCUAUCACAAAUCUAAACUUACUGUACACCUUAUGUCCAUUUUGGGACACGAUACCUUGAACCAUAUUAUCAAUGAUUCCAUAAUUUUAAAGUCAGCUCAUCUCACCACUGGUUAAAUUUUAAUGUUAUAUACAAUGCAGAAGUGUUCUGUGCCCAACUUGUAUCAUUAUAUGAUUCACUCUUGCAUUUUUUUUUUUUUUGACAAAUAUAACUCUUCAAUGGCUAGGAGACCCAGUAGGAGUUCAGAAUUCUCAGAUCCCUUGGCACUCCUGCAUUUCUUAGGCUCUAAAUUCAUCUCUUUCAGUCUACUACAUAUUUCAAAAGGAAAAGGAAUAUGUUCAUAUAUGUAAUUCAACAUGUUUGGAUGUAUUUAUCCAAGUUUAUAAGUAGUAUUAAGUAGUUUACAAAAACACCUUAAAAAUGAUUUUUCUAAAAUUUGUUUUGAAAUAGUUUUAGACUCACAAGAAAUUACAAAAUAUACAAAAUUCCCAAAUACCCUUACUCAGUUGCUUCAGUGAUAUUAUGUUACAUAACCAUAAUACAUCAUCAAAACCAAUAACAUUGGUACAGUACUGUUAAGUGAACUCUAGGUCUUAUUUGGAUUUCAGCAGUUUUUGCAUGCACUAAUUUGUAUGAGUUUUGUUUUUUUUGGUAUAGAGUUUUAAAAAAUUUUAUCUCAUGUAUAGAUUUCUGUAAACUCCACCCCAAUUGGGAUGAAGAAUUGUGCCAACACAAAGAAAUAUCCUCCUGGUACCCCUUUAUAGUCACACUGUCCCCCAGCCGUGACCCAUGGUGACCACUGAUCACACAUCACUCCAACUUUGUUACUUCAAAAAUGCUAUUAAAAUGGAAUCAUACAGUGUGUAACCUCUGAGAUUACACACUGUGCUUUAUUUCACUCAGCAAUUUGCCCUUAAGAUCCAUCCAAUUUGUUGGGUGUGUAUAUAGUUUUACUUUUUGUUAUGGACUAGUAUUCUUUUCUAUGGAUGUACCAUGGUUUGUUUUAUCUGUUUAUCUGUUCACUGUUGACAGAUGUGUGGGUUGUUUCAUGUUUCACUGUUUUGAAUAAAAACCUAUGAACAUCUG